AUGCCUCGUCUGGCCGGCCGUUGACCCUGUGUUUUCCGCUCUGAUACACCUCCUCUCCACUCUCUCUAUAAAUACCACAUGGAACGACACCGGAUCCAACGACCGCUCCUUCCCUCGCCUCGCCCCGCUCGAGGUAGAAGAAGCUGAGGCGACGGCGAUGGUGACGAUGCGCGACGAGGCGUGGGGGCUGCUGCUGCCGCUCGCGGCCCUGGUGGCGGCGAUCUGGGUUGCGUGCGGUGGCGCGCGGCGCCUGCAUGGGUGGGCGUGGGAGCGGCGGCUCGGGGCCGCGGCUCGCGGCUGCCUGCCGCCGGGAGACAUGGGAUGGCCGCUCGUCGGGAACAUGUGGGCUUUCCUCCGCGCCUUCAAAUCCCACGACCCCGAUGCCUUCAUCGCCUCCUUCCACCGCCGAUAUGGACACACCGGAAUAUACAAGGCCUUCAUGUUUGGAAACCCAACAAUCAUGGUCACAGCGCCGGAAAUCUGCAAACAAAUCUUAAUGGAUGAUGAUCAUUUUGUGCCUGGAUGGCCUAAGUCAACAAAUGAGCUUAUUGGAAAGAAAUCAUUCAUAGCCAUCGGUGUAGAAGAACACAAGCGGUUAAGACGACUCACAGCAAAUCCUAUAAAUGGUUAUGAAGCACUCAAUACCUAUCUCCAGUUCAUAGAAAAUACUGUGUUAUCAUCUUUGGAAAGGUGGGCUAGUAUGGGAUCGAUAGAGUUCCUUACAGAGCUACGGAGGUUUACAUUUAGAAUUAUUAUGAAAAUAUUUCUCUGCUCAGAAGAUGAGAUUCUUAUGGAAUCAUUGGAAAGUGUUUACACUAAUCUGAAUUAUGGAAUGAGAGCUAUGGCUAUCAACUUCCCUGGAUUUGCUUACCAUAGAGCAUUGAAGGCUAGAAGAACACUGGUGGCAGUUCUCCAGGGUGUUCUUGAUGAAAGAAAGGCUACGAGGACAAAAAGUUUCACUCCAACAAAAAAGGACAUGAUGGACAGGUUAAUGGACAUUGAAGAUGAAAAUGGUAGAAAAUUGAGCGAUGAAGAGAUCAUUGAUGUGCUAAUUAUGUACCUCAAUGCUGGCCAUGAAUCGUCCGGGCAUAUAACCAUGUGGGCAACUGUAUUUCUUCAAGAAAAUCCAGAAAUUUUUGAGCAAGCAAAGUUAGAGCAAGAGGAAAUUCAAAGAAAUAUGCCACCUACUCAGAAGGGUCUAACAAUGAAGGAGAUCAGGAAGAUGGAAUAUCUUUCGAAGGUUAUAGAUGAGACGUUACGCAUAGUUAACAUCUCAUUUGUGUCUUUCCGGCAAGCGACAAAAGACACGUAUAUCAAUGGUUAUUCAAUACCGAUGGGAUGGAAAAUUCAGGUUUGGUACAGAAGUGUUAACUUGGAUCCUCAAUUGUAUCCUGACCCUAAGAAGUUCAACCCAUCUCGAUGGAAUGAUUUUAUACCGAAAGCCGGAAGCUUUCUUGCCUUUGGAGCAGGAAGCAGGUUGUGCCCAGGAAACGAACUAGCCAAACUAGAGAUAUCUGUAUUCCUUCACCAUUUCCUUCUUAAGUAUCAGCUUACAAGGCUAAAUCCACACUGCCAAGUUCGAUACUUGCCUCAUCCUCGGCCCGUCGAUAAUUGUCUGGCGAAAAUCACAAGGAUAAAAGAUGAAUAGUGUAAAGGACAUGCUGCUGAGACAUCUGAAUGGUGCUGUUCUUUAUGUACUAUGUCAAAGUAAAUAAGUUUUAAGGUGGAAAGGUUUGCUUUCUUUAGGCUUCAAAUCUACCAGUGAAGUUCCAAAGUGUAUAUAUAUAUAUGUUGAUGCCCGGGAUCAGUGAGAUCCACUGCCUUGUAUCAUUUAUCAUUUACUAAGAAUAUAAUCGUGUGUUUGGUCU